AUGCGAGUUAAUUUGUCUGUAGCUAUUGUCGCUAUGGUCGCACGACAAAGUGCAUUAAAUAAAUCAAUUGAAGCUUGUCCAAUAACGGAAAAAGAUUCGAUAAAAUCUUCCCUAAAAUAUGAAUUUGAUUGGGAUCCAUCUAAAGCAGGAUUAAUUUUAGGAGCAUUUUUCUAUGGUUAUAUUACUACUCAAGUAAUUGGAGGAAAUUUAGCAAAGAAAUUUGGUGCAAAAUGGAUAUUUGGUGGAGGAAUAUUAAUAUCUAGCAUUUUGACGCCUUUAACACCACUCGCAGCUCGUAUUCAUUAUAAACUUCUUAUUGCUAUUAGAGUAAUAAUGGGUAUGGUUUCUGGUCCAGUAUUUCCAUCAGCAGCAGCUCUCUGGGGCAAAUGGAUACCUGCAUCAGAACGUAGUACUGUUCCAUCGGCAGCUCAUACUGGUAUUAGCAUGGGUAUAAUAUUUACUACACCAUUAGUUAGUAUAAUAGCUGAAAAGGGAUUUACUGGUGGAUGGCCAUCAGCAUUUUAUGUAUUAUAUCAUGUGUAUGGUUUAUUGGUUGGUGUUUUUUUUUGUUUUAAUUCUCCAAAUGAACAUCCACGUAUUUCAGAAAAAGAACGUAUGUUUCUUUGUAACCAUAUACCACUAAAUCCUCUGAAACAUCGAGCAACACCGUGGAAUAAAAUUGCUUGUUGUCCGCCUCUCUAUGGUAUUGCUAUAAUGCAUCUUUGUUAUAAUUUUAUUUAUGAUACUUUAUUAACAACAUUACCUACUUAUUUUGCUACGAUACUUAAUUUUAAUUUACAACAGAAUGGUUUUAUUUUUGCUUUACCUUAUUUUGUACAAUUUUUAAUAACAAUUAUUGUUGGCCCAUUAAUUGAUCGUCUAAGAGUACGUAAAACGUUUUCUAUUACAGCGCUUCGAAAAACACAAACGAUUAUUGGUACUAUUGGUACAUGUGGGUUAUUAAUAUCUAUUGGUUAUAUGGGAUGUAAUCAAUUUCCUGCAGUUCUGUGUUGUAUUCUUGCUGUUGGUUUUCUUGUUUUACAAACAUGUGGCGCACUUAUUAUUUCACAUCUUGAUAUUGCAUCAAAUUAUGCUGGAACACUUGUUGGUAUUACGAAUACAUUGGCAACAAUGCCCGGCUUUGUUGGUCCAUAUGUUGUAGGAACUAUUACAAACAAUAAUCAAACACUUAAAGCAUGGCGUCUUAUAUUUAAUAUUUCAGCAGGUAUUGGUGCUUUUGGUUGUCUUGCUUAUUGUAUUUUAUUCGAUGGCGAAGAACAACCAUGGAAUCGAAUAGAACAUGAAAAUGAUACAAUUGAAUCAACUAAUAUUUGA